AAAAAAAAAAAGAAAAAAGAAAAAAGAAAAAGCCCGCCUCGGCCCCGAGGGUUUUAAACCCCAAGAAGCCCCAGGGCUUGUUGCUGUCGGCCUCCCCGCGCGCUCGUCUCUUCAUCCUCCCGGCUGGCUAGGGUUUCGGAAGCCAUUGUCGGAGCGGAGGGGAAGAAGAAGAAGAGGAGGCGAUGGUCUCUCCGCACCAGCUCCUCUCGACGAUCGAGGCGGCCCUUCUCGGUCCCUCCCCUCCCACUGCGACCCAGAGGAUCGAGCUCAUGCACGCCAUUCGCUCUUCCCUCCCGGCUCUCCGGACCCUCCUCUCCUACCCGAGCCCCAAGGCGUCCGAUCGAUCUCAAGUCCAAUCCAAGGAAAUCAGGCUUCCCGAUUCAUCACCGAUCACGCUGGACGACAUGGAUGUACAGAUUGCGUUGAAAUUGAGUGACGAUCUCAAUUUAAAUGAAAUCGAGUGUGUUCGCUUACUAGUUUCUGCCAAUAAGGAGUGGGUUUUACUUGGGCGAGAGCCAUUGGAGAUAUUUCGACUCGCAGCAGGCCUCUGGUACAUGGAAAGAAGAGAUUUCAUAACCUCUUUGUACACCCUCUUACGGGCUGUUGUACUUGACCAGGGGCUGGAUGCCGAUCUUGUGGCUGACAUUCAGAAGCACCUGGAAGAUCUAUUUAUCUCUGGUCUCCGGCAACGGCUGAUUAUGCUCAUAAAGGAACUAAAUCGAGAGGAACCGGCUGGUUUUGGUGGCCCUAAUUCUGAAUGUUAUGUUCUUGACUUCAGAGGUGCUAUCGUCCAACGACGAGCUGUUGUUUCUCGGGAAAGAUUGAGUCUUAGCCACUGCCUUGUUCUUUCUGUACUUGUUACGCGGAUGAGUCCAAAAGAUGUAAAGAAUGUAUUUGAGACCCUAAAAGAUUGUGCAGCUGAAGUUGAUACUGAUGCCACUGUACAGCUUCAGAUAACAUUCAGCCUUCUGUUUUCUCUUGUUAUUGCUUUUAUGUCUGAUGCUCUAAGCACAAUUCCUAACAAAGCCUCCACGCUAUCGCUCGAUGCCUCCUUCAGAUAUGAAUUUCAUGAAUUAGUGAUGACUACCGGAAAUAAUCCUAAUGUUGAGGGGUUUGUUGAUGGUGUAAGACUUGCAUGGACUGUAUAUUUGAUGUUAACUCAAGAUCAGAGUACUUCAAGAGAUACUAUCUCGGGUGUUCCAUCCAAGGAUAUGACAAAUAUUUACUCAUGCUUGGAACUUGUUUGCUCAAACAAUGUUUUCCACUUUUUCUUGGCUAGAGUUCUCCAAGCUGCUGCCUAUCAGAAUGACGACGAGGACAUGGUCUAUAUGUAUAAUGGAUACAUGCAUAAAUUGAUGAUGUGCUUUCUUUCGAACCCACUUUCUAGGGACAAGGUGAAGGAAAUGAAGGAGAAAGCUAUGAGUGCGCUGAGUCCAUAUAUCUUGUUGGGAUCAGAUGACUUCAGAGGUGACACUUUUAGUGAUCCACGGCAGGUGACCCAGAUGAGUUGUCAGCCAUUUGUGUCGCUGUUAGAAUUGGUCAGGGAAAUUUAUCAGAAAGAGCCAGAGCUGUUGUAUGGGAAUGAAGAGUUGUGGACAUUCAUAAACUUUGCUGGAGAGGAUCAUACCAAUAUACGGACUCUUGUGUCUUUCUUGAGACUGCUUAGUACUCUGGCUUCUAAUGAGGAGGGUGCAUCAAAAGUUUUUGAGUUACUCCAGGGCAAAAUGUUCCGGUCAAUAGGUUGGAGUACCUUGUUUGAUUGCUUAUCUAUUUAUGAAGAUAAGUUCAAACAGUCUCUGCAAACUUCUGGAACCAUGUUGCCUGAAUUUCAGGAGGGUGAUGCACAAGCACUUGUUGCAUAUUUAGAUGUUCUUAAGAAGGUGGUGGAAAAUGGAAAUCCUAUUGAAAGGAAGAAAUGGUUUCCAGACAUUGAACCCUUAUUUAAGCUUCUCAGUUAUGAAAAUGUGCCUCCAUAUCUAAAGGGAGCAUUGCGAAAUGCUAUAACUGCUUUCAUCAAGGUGUCUCCAGUCCUAAAAGAUGCUAUCUGGAAUUACCUUGAGCAAUAUGAUCUUCCUGUAGUUGUUGGUCCUUCAGUUGGUAGUGGUGGGAAGCAUGUAGCAACACAGGUUUAUGACAUGCGGUUUGAGCUGAAUGAAGUGGAAGCAAGGAGGGAAAGAUACCCUUCUACGAUAUCCUUUCUUAACUUGUUAAAUGCUCUUAUCGCAGAAGAGAGAGAUGUCAGUGAUAGAGGCCGAAGGUUUGUUGGGAUCUUCAGAUUUGUUUAUGAUCAUGUGUUUGGGCCUUUUCCUCAGAGAGCCUAUGGUGAUCUUAGUGAAAAGUGGCAAUUAGUUCUCGCUUGCCUUCAGCACUUCCGAAUGGUUUUGAGCAUGUACGAUAUCAAGGAUGAAGAUAUUAGUAGUGCUGUUGACAUGUCUCAGCCUUCAGCCAUGGCGCAUAUCUCCCCACUCGAGAACCAGCUUCCUGUGCUGGAACUGCUGAAAGAUUUUAUGAGUGGUAAGAUAGUUUUUCGUAAUAUAAUGAGUAUCAUUUUAUUGGGGGUAAACACUAUAAUUAAUGAGCGGAGUACCCAAACGUAUGGCCAACUAUUGGAGAAAGCUGUGCACCUUUCACUGGAAAUAAUUAUUCUUGUUAUGGAAAGGGAUUUGUUUCUUGCUGAUUUCUGGCGCCCAUUAUAUCAGCCUUUGGAUAUUAUUUUAUGUCAAGAUCAUAACCAAAUUGUUGCAUUGCUGGAGUAUGUGCGAUACGAUUUUCUACCUCAAAUUCAGCAUUGUUCAAUAAAGAUCAUGAGUAUUCUCAGUUCUAGAAUGGUUGGCCUCGUACAGUUACUGUUGAAAUCAAGUGCAGCAAAAUGCCUGAUUGAGGAUUUUGCAACCUGUUUGGAGUUACGUUUCGAUGAGUAUCAGGUUAUAGAGAACACGAAAGAUGAUGCUGGUAUUCUUAUAUUGCAGCUUCUCAUUGAUAAUAUUGGUCGCCCAGCACCAAAUAUCACACAUUUGCUUCUUAGAUUUGAUGUUGAUAGUCCUGUGGAGCAGACAAUAUUGCAGCCAAAAGUUCAUUACAGUUGUUUGAAAGUAAUUCUUGAUAACUUGGAAAAGCUUUCAAAGCCAGAUAUAAAUGCUUUACUGCAUGAGUUUGGUUUUCAGCUUCUGUAUGAAUUAUGCCUGGACCCCCUAUCCAGUGGGCCAGUAAUGGAUCUUUUGAGCACAAAGAAAUACCAGUUCUUUUCUAAGCACUUGGAAACAAUUGGUGUUGCUCCACUCCCCAAAAGGAGUAACAAUCAGGCACUUCGCAUUAGCUCUCUUCAUCAGAGGGCAUGGCUGCUUAAACUAUUAGCACUGGAGUUGCAUUUAGCUGAUAUGGCUGUAUCCACACACCGAGAAACAUGCUUAGCAAUUCUUUCCCAGAUUUUUGUUCUGUGUUCUGAUGAGAUCUUUGGAAAUCCAAAUGGAUUUCAAACCAACGAUGCAGAUGCUAACCAUGCUGGAAAUAGAACCUUUAAUAAGCGAAAGGCACUAGAAUUGCUUGAAAUUGUCCAGUUCAGAUCUCCUGAUAGAGCUAUGAAAUAUUCUCAAUUCCUUUCUAGUUUGAAAUAUGACACACAGGUUGAAGAUAUACUCAGAAAUUCUGCAACAUCUGAAAUGGGCGGUGUGUAUUAUUAUUCAGAACGAGGUGAUCGACUAAUUGACCUUGAUGCAUUUCAUGACAAACUCUGGCAGACAUUUACUCAAGUGGGCUCCCAUUUUAAUGAGGCUGAGAAGGGUGAGUUAAGAGAAUCAAUCCAGCAGUUGCUAAGAUGGGGUUGGAGGCAUAACAAAAAUCUUGAAGAGCAAGCAGCCCAGCUUCAUAUGUUGACUGGCUGGUCUCAGAUUGUAGAGGUCCCUAUAUCUAGGAGAAUGUCGCUUCUUGAAGAUCGCUCUCAGAUAUUGUUUGAGUUGCUUGGUGCUUCAUUGAGUGCAUCGGCAUCUCCAGAUUGUUCUUUAAAGAUGGCAGUUAUAUUAAGCCAUGUUGCGCUCACCUGCAUGGCGAAACUUCGAGAUGAGAGAUUCUUAUGUCCUGGUGGUGUAGAUUCUGAUGAUGUAACGUGCCUUGACAUUAUCUCGGUGAAGCAAUUGUCAAAUGGAGCUUGUCAUUCUAUACUUUUUAAGCUUAUGAUGGCUAUUCUCAGAAAUGAAUCAUCAGAAGCCUUGAGAAGGCGCCAAUAUGCAUUGCUGUUGAGUUAUUUUCAAUAUUGUCGGAGUAUUAUUGACCCUGAUGUCCCGGCAUCAGUCUUGCAUUUCUUGCUUCAUGAAGAACAAGAUGGAGAUGAAGAACUUAAUCUACAAAAGAUUGACAAGGAACAGGCUGAACUAGAACGGGUCAAUUUUUCCAUAAUAAAAAAAGAGGCUGAAGCAAUAAUUGAUUUGGUGACAAAGGAUGCCAGGCAAGGCAGUGAAGCUGGAAAGGCAAUAUCAUUUUAUGUUUUAGAUGCAUUUAUUAGUAUAGACCAAGAAAAGUUCUUCUUAAAUCAACUUCAAAGUAGAGGAAUUUUAAGGUCAUGCUUCAUGGAAAUCAGUAAUUUUUCUUGCAAGGAUGGUGGGUGCUCAUUGGAAUCUCUACAAUGUUUGUGCACUCUUGAGGCUCAAAUUUCUUUGCUGUUGAGAAUCAGCCACAACUACGGAAAACACGGUGCUCAGAUUCUGUUAUCUAUGGGUGCCUUGGAGCAUCUUGCCUCAUGCAGGGCCAUGAGUUUGCCAACCAAGGCAAGUUCAAGGUGGGCAGGCUCUAAUAUAGGCAGAGAUCGAGCUGGAGAAGCUGAUAAACAAAGGUUGAUAGUAACCCCAAUACUGAGAUUGGUUUCAAGCCUGACAUCUCUGGUCGAUUCAUCAGAAUUUUUAGAGGUGAAGAACAAAAUUGUGCGUGAAGUUAUAGAUUUUGUCAAGGCACACCAGUCAAUUUUUGAUCAAAUUUUAAGAGAAGAUGUCACAGGAGCCGAUGAAUUGACUUUAGAGCGGAUUAAUCUCGUUGUCUCUAUACUCUGCAAGGUUUGGCCAUAUGAGGAAAAUGAUGAGUAUGGCUUUGUUCAAGAACUUUUUGCAAUGAUGCAUUUUCUUUUCCGUGUUGAUGGUAUGUCUUCCAGUUUUAUUCACUCUUCAGAAUCUAUCGAGAGCCUAAAGAAGAUAGAAUUGGUGAUCUUUAAGCUAUGCUUUAGCCUGAGCUCUUACUUUUAUUUUCUAAUCACAAAGAAGCUCAUAUGGUUGCAGGUUUCGGAUGGUCCCGGUGAUCCUAGUGAACCUGGUCAACAGCAGCAACCCACAUUGAAUUUACUACUGGACCUUCUUAGUUUAGUCACGACUGCUUUGGAGAGAGCGGGUGAAGAAAAAUUCUUGUUACUUAACAAGAUUCAAGACAUUAAUGAACUAUCAAGACAGGAUGUUGAUGAAAUCAUCAAUGUGUGUAUGAGACAAGAUUGCAUCUCUUCUUAUGAUAAUAUCCGGAAAAGGAGGUACAUUGCAAUGCUAGAAAUGUGCCACAUGGCUGGGAACAGGGAUCAACUAAUUGCUCUUUUGCUUCGGCUUGCCGAGCGUGUCAUGAACACCCUUCUCAUUCAUUUUCAGGAUGACAGCAAUACUGAUUCACGAGAACUUUCUUUGCUAUGCGGGAAUUUGCAUGCAGUUUUAGAAAGAAUUGAGCAAUUAAGAGAGGAGAAAAUUGGUCAUGGUCUGAAGUCGUUCCAGAGACUCGUGAGCACACUAAAGGAAAUGUCAAUUCGGAAGAUGGCUCUCUAAGUCUGACAUAGAGAUGUAAGGUUGUAUAAUUACCAAGAAAUUGUUAGGCUACUUAUGUAACAACUGGUUAGAGCAUGGUCUAAUCUUUAGUAAUUAAUAUAUAGAAUGUCUUUCUGAUUUCUUGUAUAUACAAUUUUCAUAACAAAGAUUCUUGUAUUCUUGAUCAACUACUGGAAGUCAUUGGAAAGGGCAUUGAUACAGCCUGGGCUACAUAAAAGUAUGAGUUAUAUCA